UAGAUAUCAUAUCCCCGAAAAUAAAAGGAUUCUUCUCCUUUCCUCUUUCUGUGGCUAACCGAAAGGCAAAACACUCUGGUAUGUCUCACCUGGUUUUCGAUUCUGAUUGCUGCUUCCAUUUAUCAUCUUAGAUUUAACAACUCAACUCUCGUUCAAGGUUGAAGAAUGCCUAAGGUUAAGACGAACCGUGUCCAGUAUCCAGAGGGCUGGGAAUUAAUCGAGCCUACCCUUCAUGAAUUACAAGCCAAGAUGAGAGAAGCGGAGAAUGAUCCACAUGAUGGCAAGAGGAAGUGUGAAACACUAUGGCCUAUAUUUAAAAUAGCACAUCAGAAGAGCCGCUACAUUUUUGACCUUUAUCACCGAAGGAAGGAAAUAUCUAAGGAGCUUUAUGAGUUUUGUUUGGACCAAGGAUAUGCUGACCGCAAUCUGAUUGCAAAAUGGAAGAAGCCGGGCUAUGAACGUUUGUGUUGCUUAAGAUGCAUGCAGCCACGGGAUCACAACUUCCAAACAACUUGCGUGUGCCGAGUACCCAAGAAUCUUAGGGAGGAGAAAGUCAUAGAGUGUGUCCAUUGCGGUUGCAGGGGCUGUGCCAGCGGCGAUUAAGAACUAAUAGAUGGUGAGCCUACACACUAUAUGGUUGAUUUCAUCGUCCUUCAGCUAGUGUUGGUAUUUUAUCAAAAAUGAAGCUUAAUUUGAAAACUUAGUUCAGUGUUCAUGUUUGUUGCCACUGAAGACUGAGUUUUUACUGUGAUUGAGCAAUCUAGAUUUAGGUUAUGGUAUUGUUGUUAUGUUGGGUUUGCUACUAUGCCUGAAGCGUCAGAUUUUAAACAUGUCAUGUGGGCGUGUAUUGUCUAGUCAUUUAACAAACUAACUUGCACAAUUGGGUUGAAUAAUUUACAUUUAAAAUGUUAUAAUGCUAUAUUGAUUUUAAUUAA